GUCGACGUUGAGCGACGACGUCACGGUUCUAUUCCUGGCGGCGUGGACGCAGCGAUAUCUUUAGAGCGACCAUCGGGUACAGCCCGUUUCCGAGCUUUCCUUCCUUCGAAAACGUGUGCCAGUUGACGAGAGAAGGCGCGAGACGGAGAUGAUUUAUACCAGUUAAAUCGGACCACCCCUUUCGUGUCCUUCUCUCUUUUCGCAAGUAUAGUGCUCUUAAUAUUUCGUUAUUACUACUAUUACUAUUACUGCUACCAUGUGCGACUAUUAGUUUCAUCCGAAACACCGUCCAAAACGAAAUAGACACCUUAUGGUGGAAACUCUGUUCGGAUUUAGAUGCGUUUUAAAAAUUGCUUCUUUCAUUUUGCUAUCUCGCGGGAUAGGAUCAAAGCGUGGCGUCAACAGAAAUGUCCGCUCAUUGUCGAGACAUUGAUUAGCCGAUUAAAAAUUUAAUUUAGAAAGAAAAGAUAAUUUUAAGUCGGAGGAAAGAGAGAGAGAAAAUCAAGCGAGUUUAGAAAUGAAUCUCUAGAUCUAAAAAUUAUAAUAAAAUGACGAGAAGACGAUUUGAAUUUUACGAUGAUAACAAGAUAAAUAUUCGGGCACUUUAUAAAAUUGAAACAAUGUUAAAAUAGAAGAACUGCAAAUUCGACUAGGGUAUUCAUUAAACUAUAUCAACCUUCUAUCUUAUUCUCUACAUUUUUUGUUUUACAUUUACGAACAUAAUCAGUAUCAUAAAGAUAAAAUGAAAACCACGACGUCAUUUUUUUUACAAUGUCACUUUACAUGACUCAGACAAAUAAAACUAAAUUAUGUUUUACCAUAAAAAAUGAUAUAUAGAUGACUCAAUCUUUCAUGUGUUCACAGCUCAUAUAUAUUAUUAGCUGUUGAGAAAAAAAAGGGUAUUUAAUAUCUUUUGCUAGAAAUAAUAAAAAAUGGAAUUUGAAAAAUACAACAACAGAUAAGAUGAAUAGAACUCGUGCAAAGCUAAUUAGCUAAUUUAUUUUGUUAUUAACUAGACACAAGAUUGCUUGUAAAUCUCAUUAGCAAAAGUUUAAGAAAAGGGUAAAAAUGAAUCUCUUUGUCGAGUGCUAAUGGAAAAAUGGAACGAGACAAACAAGCAGUUGCCGAAAAGCAUCGGGCUCGUCGUCGUCUUGUCAGAUCUACAUUGAACUAUCUGUUGCCUCUGGACCGAUGCCAAACACCGAUGAGAAAGAACAUCGUAUACAGACGAAGAUCAAAUGGAUGAUUCUCGUUCUUUAAUCGACUUUCAAGCUCAACCAUUAUCGGAGUAAUUAUCAUAUUUGAUAUAUAAAUCUGUCUGACCGCGCGAAUAAUACGGGUUAAGCUGUCCAAGCAAAAUUUGGAUCGAGGAUACACAAAAUUUUGCAGUACAAAGAUGUAAAUAGUAAAAUAAUCGUUUAAAAAAAUUAUGGCAACAAUUAAUAAGAAACAGAUAAUCAUUUUAAAAUUGAUAUAAUGGACAUUUAGAGAGAAAUAAUCUCUAUUGCUGCAAAAUGUGGGUAACGUGUUGACAGGAUCAGGAAAGUGUGUAACAGCGAUGGGAGACCUCUAAGAAAAACCUUGAUACCAUUCCCUUCCGUUUAUCAUCCAGAAAUUAAAUAAUGAAUCAGAAAAAUCACUUUGUUUCGAUUUAUCAGAAAGACUAUACCUGGCCUCACGUGCUAGAUAUAUGUCAAACUGAACUGCCAACCAAAACAAAGUUGGUUGACAAAGACCUUAUUUGCGCUUGUACCGAUUCACCACGAAUGCUUAAAGAGCUCCUGGAUGCGAGUCUCGAUCGGGCUCAUUGUCAGACGGAACAAUUGUCAAAACCUAAGAUUUGUCCUAUGACUAGAUCCAUUCCGCACGCAAUACAACUCGAUCAGCCGUCCAAUAUUUGCGUGAAAAAACUCGAGGAAGAAUGUCCCGAUUUAGAAGAACUGUUAGAGAUGUGUUCAGACGAAAAAAGAGCGCGAACGGAUGCUGACCGUUUCAAAACGACGUAUCAAGCGCAUUAUAGUGAUCCCGCAACUGCACGUAUGACACAACGUGACCUAGGACGUGCGAUUGUACACACGGACGAUCAACAAAUGCAAUAUCGUAUGCCAAUAAAAAUAACGAUAGAAACUGAUUGCCCGCCGUAUUGUCAUCCCUCUUCUUCGAGGGUAAAUGAAACAAGGAAUGAUUAUAAGCGAAAGAAUGCAUCGUACCGCGGGAAGAGAUGCGAGAUUAGCAGCAAACCACACGCGCCAUUGCCAGCCUGGAGAACCGAAUACCAAGACAACAUUAACAAAAUCGGUCAAGCUAUUAUGCGAGUUAAAUUACACCACGCGAAGAAGCAAACUUUCCCAUUGCAGUAUCAGCGUUGUGAAUCAGAUUAAAAAAAAAAUUGCAAUUAAUUGCUAAUCUGAAUAAAACGAUGUAAAAA